AUGAGACGAAACCAAGACUUUUGGACCAAGAGGCACUGCAACAAGGAUCUAUAUGGCAGUCUUCCAAAGAUGUUCGUCCAUAACUCUUCCGGCAGCCGAUCCCAGAUUGUCUGCCGCUCACCAGGAGAGAAGCAGGGGAAUAGUUUGUCGACGAACGAUUUCAUGACGAAUCUCAAGCUCGCAAGGAGAAAUCUGCAGAGUGCAGCACAACUGCACAAGUGCACAACUCCACCUUUUGAAGUGCUGGAGCGGGUAAGAAGCAAUGUACUUAAUAGAGUCCUAAUGGUAUUUGGCAAGUUCUCAAACCCAAUUCAAGGUGCAUUGGAACCGUAA